AUGGGAGCAGGUGCGAAUGGACCAGGCGGUCGUCGCGCAUUGGAGCUCAUCUUGAGCGGUGGUCUGAAGUCCUUGGCUAGACAAAACAAACCAGUUCGAAGAGCAGCUUCAAGGGAUUCGGUGUUGUCCCAGCCUCAGCCCUUGCUCGAAGGUCUAAGAAAGUGCUCGACAGUGCUGGCUCUGACAGACCGUGAAAAGGUCCCAGAGCCGAUAAGAGCUCACAACAGACUGAGGGCUCCUUCCGUCUGCUCCCGAUGCUCUUCGCUUCUUUCAUUGGCUGGUGCUGGUGGAUCUAGGUAUUCACUGGAUGGCGCAGGCGGUGGGUUCAUCGCAGCAGCGCCGAUAAAUUGCAUGCUAUGUUUAGAAGACGCUACACCAGAUAAAGUUACUGUGAUAGCAGGUUGUGGCUGCUCUUUCUGCACAAAGGUCAGUCAAGUUUCAUAG